UUAAACCUAACUGCUUCCCGGUUCGUGCUCGUGCCCGGGCCACCCUUUGCUGUGAAGUAGCACUGCGACCAGUGACGUUGACUUCCGGGGCACCCAGCCAGCUUGAAGCCAUCCUCCAUCCGACCUCCACCACUUUCAUCAGUCUCCAUCCUGCAUCCUUAAAACCCUUGUCUUCCCUCUGCAUCCCUCCAGCUGUCUGCUUGUUAUGGCUUCCAUCAUACGCUCCGCUUGCCGAUCGGCCGCUCCUAUCUCUCGCAGCGCCGUCUCAAACCAAGUGCUUCGAAAGCAACUACCCACCCUUGCUUCCCAGCUCCGUUUGUACGCUACCGCCAAACCAGCUGCCUCCGAGGUAUCUUCCAUCCUCGAGGAGCGCAUCGGUGGCUCCAGCGCCGCCGCUGACGUUCAGGAGACUGGUCGCGUGUUGACGAUCGGAGAUGGUAUUGCCCGAGUAUACGGUCUUAGAAAUGUCCAAGCCGAGGAGAUGGUGGAAUUCUCUUCCGGAGUCCGUGGCAUGUGUUUGAACUUGGAAGCCGACAACGUCGGUGUUACCAUCUUCGGUAGUGAUCGGCUCAUCAAGGAGGGCGACACUGUCAAGCGAACUGGACAGAUUGUCGACGUUCCAGUCGGCCCUGAACUCUUAGGCCGUGUCGUCGAUGCACUCGGUAACCCGAUCGAUGGCAAGGGUCCGAUCGCUUGCAAGGAGCGUCGUCGAGCUUCCUUGAAGGCCCCUGGUGUCUUGCCCCGUCGAUCCGUCAACCAACCUAUGAUGACCGGCAUCAAGUCCAUCGACGCAAUGGUACCUAUCGGUCGUGGUCAGCGUGAACUGAUCAUCGGUGAUCGACAAACCGGGAAAACCGCCGUCGCUUUGGACACCAUCCUCAACCAGAAACGAUGGAACGACGGAACCGAUGAGACCCAAAAGCUCUACUGUGUCUACGUUGCCGUUGGCCAAAAGAGAUCGACCGUCGCCCAGAUGGUUCAAACCUUGGAAGAGAACGAUGCCUUGAAAUACUCGAUCAUCGUCGCCGCCACUGCCUCCGAGGCAGCUCCUCUUCAAUACUUGGCCCCCUUCUCUGGGUGCGCCAUGGGUGAAUGGUUCCGUGACAACGGCAAGCACGCCUUGAUCAUCUACGAUGAUUUGUCCAAGCAGGCUGUGGCCUAUCGUCAGAUGUCCUUGCUCCUUCGUCGUCCCCCUGGUCGUGAGGCUUACCCCGGAGAUGUUUUCUACCUCCACUCGCGUCUAUUGGAACGAGCUGCCAAGAUGAACGACAAAUUGGGCGGUGGUUCAUUGACUGCUCUCCCAAUCAUCGAGACCCAGGGAGGAGAUGUAUCAGCUUAUAUCCCCACCAACGUCAUCUCGAUCACUGAUGGCCAGAUCUUCUUGGAAGCCGAAUUGUUCUUCAAAGGUGUCCGACCUGCUAUCAACGUUGGUUUGUCUGUCUCCCGUGUCGGAUCUGCCGCCCAGACCAAAAUCAUGAAGAGUGUCUCCGGAUCGCUCAAAUUAUAUCUUGCCCAAUACCGUGAUGUCGCGGCGUUUGCCCAAUUCGGUUCCGAUCUUGAUGCUUCCACCCGUUACUUGCUCAGUCGUGGUGCCCGUCUUACCGAACUCCUAAAACAAGGUCAAUACCAACCAUUGGCUUUCGAAGUCCAAGUGCCCAUCCUAUACGCCGGUGUGAACGGUAUGCUUGAUAAAGUACCGGUCGAGAAGAUUGUCAGCUGGGAUCUCGCUUUCCGUGAUCAUCUCAAGAACGAGCAAUCAGCUCUCCUCAAAGACAUCACUGGUGGAAAGAUGACCCCAGAAAUCGAAAGCAAGAUCAAGACAGUUGUGAAGGACUUUACCUCCAACUUCUUACAAUGAAGAGUGAAAAACAACUUUAGAUCAAUGGUUUGUUAGAAACAAAAAAAAAAUUCUUCAAGUGUCAAUUUUGGUCUCAUCUUUCUUUUGCAAAAUUACAUUUCUCGUGAUGACCGUUCAUGUAGAUCAUUCCCAGAGGUUCCUCAGCUGCUCUGUUGGUACAUAUAUCGGGUGAGGGAGGGGAGAUAGUCGAGUGAGAAGAAAAUAACAAAACAAAAAAUCAAACUCUUUCUUUGUGUGUUUGUGAAUGAGUUCAUCGUCCUCAUAUCCACAUCAGUAAUACAUCCUCUUUCCUCCAUUUUAAUUAAUAGAUUCAAUGUACAAAUCUGGGUGGGUCUUUUAAGAGAGUCUUCUAUAAGUUGCACUACUAAGGAAUCACAGCAUUGUGAAUUCCUGAAGAUACUAGAUGAAUUGAUGGCAGGCAUUGUUGAGGGCCUUCAGUUUAAGGAUGGUCUUGGAUGUCCGACUAAUGUCUCUUUAGAUCAGAAUCAGAUUACUAUAAUACUAUUGAAGAGCUUACAUGAUCAUCCAACAAAGCAAUGCAAGUACAAUUAAGAUGAGAAACAACAAGCAGAACAGUUGGGUAUUUUGCCUGG